AUGCCGCUCACGAACCGUCGCCGCGCGCGACGCAAGGAAAUUCAACUGCAAGAAACGUCCGAUGCAGAGGCACCGGAUUCAUCACCCAGCCGGCCGUCCGCAAAGAAGCGCAAGGUUGACCGACGCCCCUCUCUUCCAACUGUCAAGCAUGAAUCCGGCGACGAAGCCGAAGACUCAGCGGGCGAUCACGAACCCGCCACCAAUCAGGACCUCGUCGACCUUGUGAUUUCAUACCUCAAUACACCCCGCGAGGAAUUGCGCGUGUCGCGCGACCACGCCAAUAUCAAGACCGAGAACACAAAGAGCAUCCAGGCUUACGCGAAGAUCGCCGGCCGCAACUGGACCUAUUACGUCAAAACCUUGCAUGUCAAUAUCGGCCGCGAGCCGGACCGCGAACCGCGGGCCGUUGAACAAUCUAGUCCCGUCACAAUCGCAGCCCGUGCGCUACCGGAAGUGCAUGUCGACCUGGGUCCCAGCAAAUUCGUGUCGAGACUGCAUGCGGAGAUUUUCUACGAUGGCGAGGAGACGCCCGCUUGGCAUAUCCGUGUCAAUGGCCGGAACGGCGUUCGUUUGAACAAUGCCAUUAUCAAGCGCGGCACCGAUGCGGUUCUCUCCUGUGGCGACAUCAUCGAAGUGGCCAAUACACAAAUGAUGUUCGUCACACCCGGCGACGAAGCCAUUAUCCAGCCCAGCUUUAUCGAGCGCGCCCAGCGCAUUGCGAGCGGACAGGACUCCGAACACCGAGGGGCGCCCCCUUCCUCGUCUAGUGGCCCUUCAUUGGCGCCGGCUCCGCCGUUCCUCAAGCGCCAGGUCACGCCGCCGCCGCGGUCGCCCGAUACCGCUGGCCAGCGCACGGCUAAGCAGUCGCCGCUCUACAACCGCGGCAUGAUGAUGGAGAGCACGGAGGAGAUUGACUACAGCAAGGAUUCUGCUAAGGACUUGAAGCCGCCGUACAGCUAUGCGACGCUGAUUGCUCAGGCGAUCUUCUCCAGCGAGGAGGAGAAGCUCACCUUGAACAGCAUUUACAACUGGAUCAUGGACAAAUACGCUUUCUACCGGCACUCUCAGAGCGGGUGGCAAAAUUCGAUUCGUCACAAUCUUUCGCUGAACAAGGCUUUCCAGAAGGUCCCCCGCCGGACAGAUGAACCGGGCAAGGGUAUGAAGUGGCAGAUCGCCGUCGAGUAUCGCGAGGAAUACCGCAAGAAGCAGAUGCGAAAGGGAGGCACUCAAUCAUCAGCCCCAUCUUCGCCCGCAACGAAAGAGCCCCCGUCCUCCGCGCGCGGAAACCACGUCGCCAAGCUCGACACCUCGUUCUCCGCGACGGCGAAGAAGUCUCCACCCGUCUCAUCACCCGGUUUUAGCUCAUUUCCCGUGGCCCCGGUAGAAGCCUACACACCCGAGCGCGGAUCCCGAGUCGGUCGUGGCCUCGGCUCCGACCACCCGCUGCGACACAUGAACCCUAGGGACUACGACGAACCGUCGCCACUCCCAGCACGCACCCACAAUCAUAGCUCCAGCAUCUCCACACAGGUGCAAAAUAGCAGCAACAACCUGGCUCGAGCAUACGGGAUGUCCGAUAAUAUAGCCGGAUCACCGCCCGUGCUCUCUUCAUCCUACUACAACGAAGAACCAUCCUCAAUGAUCACCCCCGCCCCUCAACGCCAACAACCCCGUCUCCCGCCCCCAAGCACAGCCCAGAUCCCCUCAAAGUUCAUGCCCAUGAGCUCCCCCGCGCAGUUCUGGAAAUUUGCCGAUAUCGGGAGUACCCCUGCCCGUCCGCCGCCGGACAUGAGCCCGCUCAAGGGCGAAGUCGAGGACCGCAUCAUCGGUGGAUUCCCGAGUAGCUCUCCCCCGCCGCCGAACCUGAUUAGUCCUAGCAAACCAGGUACAUCGAACGGUCUAGGCUCGGGCCGCACCUUGCCCCCGCUUCAGUCCGAUUCAAAGGAAUUGGCUGCCAACGGGCUUUCACAUGUGAGGGGUGAAGGUCGUGAUGAAGAUGAGGAUGAUAAUGGAUCAGGCUUUGAUCUUGCUAGAGGAUUCGAACCUAUUGGGUCAUACCAUCGACAACUUAGCAACGCUGCCCGUGCGACUGCUACUUGA